AUGGCUACUGCUGGUUACACACGUCCUCAGAAUUACUCAUCUAUUCGAGAUGAUGAUGAUGAAGCAUUGGAUAUUCAAAUUGAAUCUGAUAUUAUACGAUCGUCAACAGGUGACGGUGUUAAAAAACUUCAUGGUCAAGUACAAGAAGUGGUUGGUGUAAUGAAAAAGAAUAUUGAUCGAUUACUAGAUCGUGAUGUUGCAUUGAACAAUCUGAUGACGCGUGACGGUGUUAAAAAACUUCAUGAUCGUGAUGUUGCAUUGAACAAUCUGAUGACGCGUGCGGAUGACUUAGAAACAUCAGCAUCAACGUAUAAUCAAACAACAAAACAAUUACGACGAAAGUAUUGGUGGAAAAACACACGAACAAAUAUUUGUAUCGCUGGUAUUGUUAUUGGAGUUAUUCUCUUCAUCAUUAUUAUAAUUGCAUUUAGUCGUCGAGGAAAGAAUUGA